AUGGCUGCGCAACACCCCAACCUCACAAACCCCGACGAUGGUCGCCACCAAAAGCUAAGACGGCAAACACUGCAAUCGUUCCUUUGUGCUCUAGAAGAUGCUCUUAAGAAACCUGGCGCUAAAUUCAUCAUUAUUUUUAAAGGCAUCAACGACAUCGGUCCAUCAGCCAUAGACACUACCAUCCAAAAGAGGAUUAAGGAUAGACUCAUUACCGCCUACCAACAAAUUGCUGGUAAUAUCAAGAAGGCCGGCAUAACCAGUAUCGGCGCCACUAUCACUCAGAUGCUCGGAAACCAGUACUAUGCUCCUAAAAGAGAGGUGACGAGAGUCGCUAUCAACGGGUGGAUUUUAGACAACGGCACAUUUAAUCACACUGUAGAUUUUACUUCAUUAAUUAGAAAUAGGGACAAGUUGCUUACUCAGUUUGACUCUGGGGAUGGUUUGCAUCGUAACCCUGCUGCUUAUAAGGAGAUGGGUACCAAGUUUCCCAUCAAGGUUUUUAGGAAGUAA